AUGGCCACUACGGAUGAUGAAAAGCACCCCAAGUUCGAGGCUCCCGGGUCCCCAGAGAUGGGGUCCCAGGAGUUCAUCGAGAAUGCGGAUGGCCUUCAGCGACGACUUAACAAUCGUCAAAUCCAACUAAUAGCCAUCGGUGGCUCGAUUGGUACUGCUCUCUUCGUCAGCAUCGGAAGUGGACUUUCCACAGCCGGACCGGCCAGCCUUUUCUUGGCUUAUGCUCUGUAUUCCAUGGUUCUCGGACUGGUAAACAACUCUCUGGCGGAGAUGACUGUCUACAUGCCCGUGUCUGGAGGUUUCAUUCGCCUGGCAGGUCACUGGGUCGAUGAUGCUUUGGGAUUCAUGGCUGGCUGGAACUUCUUCUUGUACGAGGCUCUGCUGAUUCCCUUCGAAAUCACGGCACUCAACCUUGUCAUCUCCUUUUGGGACGAGAACAUUACCAAUCCAGGCCCGACUGCCGGUAUUUGUGCCGCCGUUAUCGUUUGCUAUGCUCUGCUAAACGUCCUCGCUGUGAAAGCCUAUGGUGAAGCGGAAUUUUACCUAUCCGGUGGAAAGGUUAUUCUCAUCUUCAUCCUCUUCUCCUUCACCUUCGUGACGAUGGUCGGAGGAAAUCCGAACCACGAUGCCUAUGGCUUUCGAUACUGGAAAAAUCCCGGAGCCUUCGCCGAGUACCAUUCGCAGGGCGCCCUCGGUCGCUUCGAAGGCUUUCUGACAGGCCUUUGGAGCGCAGCUUUCGCCGUCGUCGGACCCGAGUAUAUUUCCAUGGUAGCGGCCGAAGCUCAGCGCCCUCGUACAUACAUCAAGACGGCCUUCAAGACCAUUUACAUCCGCUUUGGCAUUUUCUUCAUUGGCAGCGCCCUGGCGGUCGGCAUCAUUCUUCCGUACAACGACAAGACGCUGUCUGACCUGGUUAACGGCGGAAAGGGCAGCGGCACUGCAGCAGCUUCGCCAUACGUCAUUGCCAUGCAAAACAUGGGUGUCUCUGUGUUGCCUCACAUCGUCAACGCCCUCAUGAUGACAUCCAUUUUCUCUGCUGGAAACACCUAUACCUACUGUGCAACCCGGUCACUGUACGGCUUGGCUCUCGAGGGCCGUGCCCCUCGAUUCCUGCGCAAGUGCACGAGCAAGGGUGUGCCCAUCAAUGCCUUUUUGGUCGUCAUGUGCUUCCCGUUCCUAUCCUUCCUCCAAGUUGGCAACGGCUCUGCUGUCGUGCUCGACUGGUUGGUCAGCCUGAUCACCGCCGGUGGAAUUAUCGACUACCUCGUCAUGUCUGUCACAUACCUCUGGUUCUACAAAGCUUGCAAGGCCCAAGGCGUUGACCGGAAGACGCUGCCCUAUGUUGGCUGGGGACAGCCUUACUGCGCCAUCAUCGCCCUCGUUAUUCAGCUUCUCGUGGUUGGGGGAUACGGAUACGAGGCUUUCAUGCCUUGGGAUGUCUCGGCCUUCUUCCGCAACUACACCAUGCAGCUCCUGGCACCCAUCCUCUUCAUCUUCUGGAAGGUCGUGAAGCGCACCCGAGUUGUCCGCCCCAGUGAGCUGGACCUUGUCUGGCAAAAACCAACUAUUGACGCCUACGAAUCCCACUUUAUCGAGCCCCCGACUGGAUUCUGGACGGAGAUGUUGCAGUUGGUUAGAAUCAAGCGCAACAAGAAGGCGGCGUUUGUUGAGGCGUAA